GUAACCUCCUUCAGUUGCGUCUCGGCCGCCGUCGCGGAACGACGCGUCGCCAUCUUUGUUUACGUUAAAUUCAAAUUUGAGUGCUCCAGUGCGGUGUUUGACGAGUGUGAGUUUUACAGUGUCAGUGUCGUCAGGAUUUGCCGUCGCUGAAAGUGUUUUGUGCUCGUUUCCGGCAGUUGUACACAGAUCUGGAUGUACCGUUGCGUUUCGCUCUGCCGCUCCGGAUAAUAACUCGAAUCUACGCCCGUGCAACCACAUUGUAUAAGAUAAACGCAUGACCUAAUGUAUUAAGCGAUAAAUAAGCAGCAAGUGAUAGCAAAACUGUGAUAAGUUCAAAACAUGAGUCGGUGAUGAACAAUGGACGAGUAGUAUUAAUUAGUGAUUAAAUAUUAGUAAAAAUGGAACGAAAAUUAACGCGAGAGGACUUUAUGCGGAAGAGCUUCCGAUCUCCAAAGGUGACGUCUCCAAGAGAAGAGGAGCCUUCGGUCAAUGGAGGCCCCCCGUCGUCCCCAGUAUCGCUAGCCAUGCUAGAGAGGACCACCCCUCAGAGAACUCAAUACGAGAUCACAUCAGCGGGAAUAGCCCCCAAGAAGCUGGAGAUAACACGAGCCCACCCGAUACACCUGAAGUCGUUCAAACAAAUCGAGAUCCCAGACGACCCAGUCCCAGUGGCGCCCCCUUCCGACGAUGUGUUGCGCACACUGGAAAGACAGAUUGGAGAGAUGGAGAGAGGUCUUGAACGACAACAAAACGGAGACCUACCAGUGGACGAAAGAGUCAGAUACGCGGAACACGAGAAUCUGCUGCGAACUGGCGUGUCAUCUGUAGGCGGUGGAGGGUAUUUAGCUGUGGAUUCUGACACGGAGCACGAUGUGGCUCCGUUCAACAGAAACGAAUCGACACGAUCCAGCACAGGAGGGGCCACUCCAGUCGCCAGACCGGCUACUAGACUGUCGAGAACGAAUUCAGACACACAGCAGCACGCAGUAGCGGCGACAGCAAGAUUGAUGAGGAAACUGGCCGAUGGGGGUCCGAAGGACGAGAAAACGAAGGUGAUAAGUCGCAAGGCGAUCCAGGCUCGGAUGGAGAGGAUGAAGAAUUCCGUGGUGGGGACCAAGCAUGAGCACAAGGUGCUAGCGGAGCACCGCGCGCCCGAGCCGUCGUCUCCGAAGGCUGUGACGUCACCACGGUCGUCUGUCAACCAGAGCGCGUCCGAGUCGUCGGCCGGGGCGGGCGGCGCAUCGUCCAGUACGCGCGUCUCCUCGCGCUCGCGCACCACCGAGGAGCCACACAUAGGCAAAUACAAGCUGCUGAAGACCAUAGGCAAGGGCAACUUCGCGAAGGUGAAGCUCGCGAAGCAUGUCCCCACAGGCAAGGAGGUGGCCAUCAAGAUCAUCGACAAGACGCAGCUCAAUCCGGGCUCGCUGCAGAAGCUGUUUAGAGAGGUGCGGAUAAUGAAGAUGCUGGACCACCCGAACAUCGUGAAGCUGUUCCAGGUCAUCGAGACGGAGAAGACGCUCUAUCUCGUCAUGGAAUACGCUUCCGGGGGAGAGGUGUUCGAUUACCUGGUCCUCCACGGCCGCAUGAAGGAGAAGGAGGCGCGCGCCAAGUUCCGCCAGAUCGUGUCUGCGGUCCAGUACUGCCACCAGAAGCGCAUCAUACACAGGGACCUCAAGGCGGAAAACCUCCUGCUAGACGGCGAGAUGAACAUCAAGAUUGCUGACUUCGGCUUCUCCAACGAGUUCACGCCGGGAUCCAAACUGGACACCUUCUGCGGGAGCCCGCCCUACGCCGCGCCUGAGCUGUUCCAAGGCAAGAAGUACGACGGUCCCGAGGUGGAUGUCUGGUCUCUGGGCGUGAUCCUGUAUACCCUCGUGUCGGGCUCGCUUCCUUUCGACGGAUCUACUCUGAGGGAAUUGAGGGAGAGGGUGCUGCGCGGGAAGUACAGAAUACCAUUCUACAUGUCGACGGACUGCGAGAACCUGCUCAAGAAGUUCCUGGUACUCAACCCGGCGAAGAGAGCUUCUCUCGAGGGCAUCAUGAGGGACAAGUGGAUGAACACCGGUUACGAAGACGACGAGUUAAGGCCUCACCAGGAGCCUAGGAGGGACUUUAAGGACCACAAGCGGAUAGAAGCGCUAGUGUGCCUCGGCUACAACCGGCAGGAGAUCGAGUAUUCUCUGGCUGAAGCGAAGUACGACGAUGUGUUCGCCACGUAUCUGCUGCUGGGACGGAAGAGCACCGAUCCGGAGUCAGACGGCAGUAGGUCGGGAUCGUCUUUAUCUCUUCGCACGGCGGCCGCGCCCGGCGCCCCCGCCCAGCCGCCGCCCGCCCAGCCUCACAAUGCAGCAGGCGGAGCAUCAUCACCAUCGCACCGUUCGGUCCAGCGGUCCAUAUCGGCGACCGCGCGGCCAGCCGCCUCGCGCCGCGCGUCCUCGGGGGCUGACGUGCUACGGACGCAGGUAGGCGGCAACAGCGCCACGACGGCCGCCAACAGUACCACCGCCACUUCCACCACCACCACGGCCACGUCUAAUUUUAAAAGACAGAACACAAUCGACUCGGCCUCUAUUAAAGAGAACACGGCGCGGAUCGCCCAAAUGCAGGUCCAAGGUGGUGCAGCUAGACCCACAAGUGCGCAACCCAAGCUUGAACCCCGAUCCCGCACCCUGACUAGCACCUCCUCGUCCCAACGUCGCUCCACCACCAACUACGACGCCGCCGCGCCCGCGCCGCUCAAGCUGUCGCCUCCUCACGAUCCCGCCAGCACCACAAACCUGGACACCAAAAACGGAUCAUCCACUACCAAGGAGAAGCGCGCCGGCCACGUGAAAUCGCUGUCCGUAUCGUCGAGUGCUGGGUCUCCGGCCGCCGACACGGCCACCAACGCGUCUGCCAGGGACUUGGCUCAGCCCACGCCUAGCCUGACCACGGCGCUGACGACGGGCGGCGCGGCGGCGCGGCGCGACGUGCCCAACCCGCUCGUGUUCCCGAGGAAUGUGCCCUCUAGGUCCACCUUCCACUCAGGUCAGACGCGGUCGCGCGGCUCGUCCGCCGGCGGCGCGUACGGCGACGGCGGCUCCCCGCACGCCGCGCGCCCCUCCUUCUUCAGCAAGAUCUCCUCCAGGUUCAGUAAACGGUUGAAUCAGAAUCCAUGAGACAAGAUGGCGGACGGCGGCGGCGAGAAGAAGAAUUAAACAACGUGCUUGACGCUGAUUUUUCUUUGACUUUGAUAGUUUUAAACUUUAGUAAUGAUCGUUAUUAUUGUUACUAUAGUAACGGCUCUUAAUAACGGUUAUCAUCACCUUAGUGUUUUUUAUUAAAUUGAAUUUAUGGACUCGAAACUUGCAUCGAUGCAAAAAUAAUUAUUCUAUCCAUAUCUCAGUAAGUUAUUAUUAGCAUUCAUACCUACAUAAGUACUUACUUUGUUUUUCGUUUCAUAAAAAUCAGCUGCAAGUACGUUAAAAGAGCUUAGAACGUUAUAAAAAUUACAUUGUAAAAAGAACUUGUACAUCUUUAACUUAUAUGAAUAAUCUUAUUUCAUAUAAAAAUAUAAUUAUAUAUAAAUGUUGCAUUGUAUUAUAUUUUAGUCGUAAGUGGUCCAUUCGUAGGUAGUGUUCUAACUGUAUUAAUAUUAUUCAUUGUGUAAAAUAUGUGGGAAUGACUAAAUAUGGCGGCGGUUAAAUCUGCGUGUUGUUUAUUUUUUUAUGUGGCACAUAAUAAUAAUUAAAAAGAAUGCAAACUUUUAAAUUCAUAAAAAAUGCAAAUUAUUUGCUAUCAUCAAAUUCAUCUUUGUGUUUAGCCAAAAUACAAAACUCAGCUAUUAUGUGAAAUAACUGGCAUAAAUAAUUUAAAUAAAAAAAAUAUAUGAAUUAAUCAAAACAGCACGUGGUUUUGGGUGAUCUAGUCGCUCCGCAUCGCAUUUCAAUGUUUGUAGUUUAAUAAGAAAAUGCAGGUAAAAACUAUUGAAUUUCAACUCUUGUGUCUACAUUCCAGGGUCCCAAUAUUAGGGUUCUUCUGUUAAUUAAUCUAUUAUGGUACUCUUCAAUCGUGGAGGUUAACAAAAAAUCUAUUAUGUGAUGUAGAAAAUUUUCUUUUUUGAUCUGGGCAAUUUCAUUUAAUUUCUGAAGUUUAAAGAAAAAAUAUGUGAUUCGAACUUUGCCCUAAAUCGGGCAUAAACUCGAUGACUGAAAAUAUUUUGUAAAAUUAAAAUCUAAUGGUAGUUUUACUAAGAUCUAUCUAUAAUAUACCCCUUUAUAUUUUAAUAUUUCUUAGAGAAAUCUACAAGUAAAUUAAAAACAUCAUUUCGACUGCGAAUGUGUGAGUGAGAACUAUGUAUGUGUGGUUUCGUCUUAGCGUGUAGAUGUUUUACUUAUUUGCUUGGCAGGUUGUGAAAAAACGUCUGUGACUCGCACGCGCUGCGUUCUAGUUUUCAAAUUUUGACAAAAAGCCUAGGCCGAUCGGUGAAUCUUAGCGCUAAGUUACAACGACAUGUAAUUUAUGUUAACAGUAGUUAGAUUAAUGUUUUUAGUGUGUGACUGGUCGAUCCCUAAGCUUUGGUACAAAUACUCAGAUAGUGUUACCAUUUUAAGUGAAAGCAAGUAUGGCAGCUCAUAAGACUAGAACACAUAAGCCCCCUUCUGACGCGGCCGGGUAAAAUAUGAUUGAGCAUUUUGGUUAUAUUUUUAUGCGUUUAUCAAAUAUGCUUUGGAACCUACUUGUAUAAAAAUAUUAACUAUCUGUCUGAAAAUAUAAUUAUGAUGAUUUUGAAAAAUGGGUAUUUAUAUUUGAGUCUAAAUAUUUAAUAAAAAAAGGGUUAAGUAAGUAAAUAUGGUAAAAAAUCUUUCUGUACAUACAAACAAACAAAUGUCUAUUUUCAUUUCGUAUAAAGUAGACCCCCGUAUUUUCCUAUAGCCCAUAUUGUAUCAGUAGAGAAAUAAAGAUGCAUAUAGAAAAUAAAAUUUAUGUAUAUGGAAGGAGUUGUGUGUUUGUCUGUCGAUUUUUACUCAUAUGCCUUAAUGAUUUUUUUUCUUAUUCUAAUUAAUCAUAAUGUUCUAACACUACAACCACAAUACUUUGCUUAUGUGAAGAUUUAAUAAACGAAAUAACUAUUCUAAGAUUUAAUAAGCAGACACAGGAUGUUAGAAAAAUGAAACAAAAUUAUUUAUACACUAUUGACAUGGUUCCAUACAUUGUAGAAACAAAAAUACUAUCACUAUCUGUUAGUUUUGAGUUGAGUUCCAAAAGUCGUAGAACAAAACUUGUUUUGAUUGACCCUCUGAGUCACCCCUUUACGGCUCAGUAGGUACCUAUACCACUUACACGUACCUACACAGUACCACCCCGCACUUGGCCAGCGUGGUGCACUAGGCCUAAACCCUUCCUUCAUUGGAAGGAGACCCGUGCCCCAGCAGUGGGGACGUACCUAGUGGUUCGCGAUGACCUAUACAUAGAGUGUUUUGUGUCCAUUUUCUUGUAAGCAUAAAGUAAUUGUGGUUGUAUUUUGAAGUAUCAGUAUUUGAACGUGUGCGACGAAAAAUACACGGUCGUGUAGAUUUGAGAACAAAUAUAAAAUUAAACAAAACGUUUGAGGAAUGACGUCUAUCUAGGUGCUCUGUUCAAAAAUACGAUUGUUUUUUAAUAAAAUUAACAUUGUUUCCUUGUUUAUGGGUGUUUACAAUUUGUAACCGUAACAAAAAAAAGUUAUACACUACCUAUAUAAUUAUUUUAGUCAUCAUGUCUUUUUUGUAGAGUAAUGUCAUAUAAAAUUUUAUCCAAAAAAUGGUUUAUUUUCACAACUGACGAGUUAUGUUUAUCUUACUCUAAAGUAGGUAGUGUGUGGAAUGAAAGGGGAUGGAUAUAGGUGUAGUUCUUAUAAAAUAUUAGUAUUGUCGAGUAUUUAAAGAGACCUCUGAGAAAUCAUAUUGUUGUUAUAUUAUAACGAUUAUAAAAGAAUGGACGUUCAAGCUUGUUCAAUCCCGCACAACCUGGCAUUUUGUAGAGAGCAAUAAUUUUAUUUUAAGCUACUUAUCUCAUAUUCAGUUACCUACAGAUGUAAGAAAUACAUUAUGAAGUUAAAAUGCCACCAGUUGCAACAAUUAUGAAUUUGAUAUAUCAAAAGAUAUUUUAGCCACCUAAAAUAUAAAGUUGAAUAUAAUAUUUUCUGAAGUCAGAAUGAUACUGACGUCAGAAAAUUCAUUAAUUACAUUAUGUAUUUGUUACAUUUGGUAGACUAUAAAAAGAUGCAUCGAUAAAGAAUCGAAUCUAAUAUGGUGGUUGUUUUUGACUUGAUCAGUCUUAAGGUACAUAAGCGUCCUCAUAUCCUAAUGAAUGGAGAAAAGGCGUCGGCAAUGCCGAUGAAAUGGACGCAUUUGUGUGAAUUUCUAUACAAAGAAUACUGAAUGCGAUGCGUCCGUUGCGUACGGUGCCGAGAGGUAGAUUCAGUUAAUGCCAACAUUUUGGAUUCGUGCCAUUAUUGAUGGGCUUAUCUUAUGUAUAAAUAUGAUUUGUACAGAUAUCAGAUGCAGUACAGAUUCAAUUUGAGAAUUCGACUCUUCUUGUUUAAUAUGUCAUGUAAUGUUAGUUUAUCAUAACUUUUCAUAACUAGUCUAUGACUGAAGUAUCGAUAUUUUGUACUUAUCUUAUAUUUGUUUAUUUUGUAAAUUCAACAUUUUCGAGUAUAUUUACAGGGUUUAAAAAAAAUCUGUUUCACCCUGUAUAUUUGUGAUGUUAAAUUUGGAAGUCGAGUCAAUUCUCAGAUCUUAGGUUUUCAGUAGAUUGUAGGUUAUUAUCAAUUAAGUUAGUUAGAUUUUUUAAAUUAGCAUUUUAUAUUUGAGAUUUAUUUCUUACGUUUGCUUUACCACGCAUUAUUAUAGUUUUUUUUAUCACUUAAGAAGUAAUAUUAUAAUGGAAAUCAAGCGUAUUUCUAAAUUGUUGUGAAUGGAACACUUUAACAAACACACUUAUCAACGAUCACCUUUCAAAAUUGUAAAACUGUAUAACAGAAGCUCAACGCCGUCUUAGGCAUGUGUCAAAUACCGUUUCAAAUUCCAGUUAAAUUCAUUUUUAACUUUUUCAAAAUUAAAAGAUGUAUUUAAGAGUGUUCUAUUCACAAUAAUAUAUCAUCAAUAUACUGUGACAUUUUGCAAUAGCUAAAAUAUACUUAGUUAAAAACUGAUUUUGAAAACUUUUCCCAUUAGACAGCGAAUGUGUCGAAAACUUUCAUAAAGCGUGCAUUUAUUCAGUAAUAUAGUUUAUAAUUUAUGCAGAGGCAAAACUGUAUCAACAGUGAGUAUAUAAGGCAUUUUUGUGAACACGAUACAAUAUAUACUUGUGUAUAUAUUACGCUUGUCCAAAUAAUCAAGUUUUCAAACAAUUA